AUGCGCCGCUCAAGCACGGAUGAGACCCCGUACCGGCGGAGUCCCUCUCUGGACAGUAAGACCGGCUCGCCCCCGUUCUGUUUCGGGAGCGAGCGCGAGUGCCGCGGUGCACCUUUCGGUUUCAGCUUCCGCACGGCGCCGGGGACAAAGACAGCCAAAGCGGGUUACGCCACAGCACAGGGCAGGAAGUACGUGGUGUUUUACCUGGACCUCUCCUUCAUUUUCCUCCUAGAGCUGCGCCGCUGCAGGAUGGCCGAGGGCUGCAUGAGGGCCCUGCGCUACGCCAUGGUCUUCUUCAACCUGCUCUUCUGGCUGGGAGGAUGUGGGAUUCUGGGAGUAGGCGUCUGGCUGUCAGUCACUCAAGGAAACUUCGCCACUCUCUCCACCUCCCUACCGUCUCUGUCUGCUGCAAAUCUGCUCAUCGCCGUGGGAACCGUCAUCAUGGUGAUCGGCUGCCUGGGCUGCGUCGGCGCCGUCAAGGAGAGCCGGCCCUUACUUCUCAGUUUCUUCAUCCUGCUGCUUCUGAUUUUCCUUCUGGAGAUUUUGUUCAUCAUCCUCUUCUUCGCGUAUCAAGAUCAGAUUGACCGCUACGCUCAGAGCGAUCUGAAAAAAGGCCUACAGCUGUUCGGCACUGAGGGAAACAUCGGCCUGACCAACGCCUGGAGCAUCGUCCAGACCGACUUUCGCUGCUGCGGCGUGAACAAUCACACCGACUGGUUCGACGUGUACAACGCCACCCGAGUUCCAGACUCCUGCUGUUUGGAAUACAGCGACAACUGCGGCUUGGAAAAUCCCGGGACGUGGUGGACUGCUCCCUGUUACGAACGAGUGAAAAGCUGGCUCCAGGAAAACCUCAUAGCUCUGUGGAUUUUCGCUCUGUGCACGGCUCUAACGCAGAUCUUAGGGCUGGUGUUCUCCAUGACUAUCUUCUGCCAGGCUGUGAAAGUGGACACCUUCUACGCCUAGAGAACUGAAACGGAUCCGAGACAUUUUGUAGGACACUUUUUCUUUUGUGAAAAACUGAAAACUUUUAAUGUUGUUGUUUUUGUUUUGUUUUUUAAAUUUGUUGACGUGACGCCAUCGCCGCGUUCUCCGGCUGGAGGAUUGUUCUCCUUCGACGACACCUCUAGCUAACACCGUGUUCGCCGAAUCGUCUUGUAAGAAUGAAAUGACAACAAAGCAUUAUUAUUCUGAUUUUCUGUCCUUAUCUAAUACCGUGCGAGUCCGUUAGCGUCCAGAAUUCCAAUUCCACUCGACAACAGAAACUCGUUAAAGAGGAGAAAGACGAUCGGUUCGGUUUUAUUCCGUUGUCCUGUCUGAAUCGAACCAGCUCACAUCGCUUCAUUCAGCAGUACCUGCGAGCAGAAGAAGAAAAAGAAGAAGGGACGUGACGUGACGUGACGAAAGACGCCGCCGGAUAAAGAGGAAUCAUCGCUCUUGCCGUAAUAUCGCAGAGAGAACAGGAAACGUAUCGGCGUAGGGGGAAAAAAAACCACGACGUGAUACCCUUUCGACGUGUAAAAUAAUAAAUAACGUGUGCACUGAACACGUCCCAGCAGUGCAGAUAUCCAUGGUUUAAACCGAUCAAAAGAAGAGGAGAUUCCGUCGUUUCGUCGUCGCCUUCAUUACGUAACAAACGUGUGUAAAUAUAUACCUGUACUCCCUUUGGUAUCUUUCAGACACCAUACUUAUUAUGACGUAAAAUUAUAAAUAAAGCUUUUAUAGGGAAAGUGUAUGCGUGUGUGUUGUCUUUAGUCGUGGUGUUCAGCGCCAGAAUUAUCGCAAGAUUUCAAAUUUUAAAAAUUGUUUUAUAGUGCGAAGUAAGAAAAGAAAAGAAAAGAAAAGAAGCGAGUCAAAUAAUACGAUAGUGAAAUACGAUGAGAAUAUAAAUGAUCAUUAAAAAAACAAAAAAAAAACAGAAUUUAAUCAUACAGUAGAAUAAAAUUCGUCUCGACCAUCUGUGGCGUGUGUCGAAAUCCAUCUACG